GAAAAAUAGUUACUUUUUUUGGUAAUAAGCAAGUAGCUUGAUCUGAUUGAGUAGAUUCGAUUACAAAGUUGACUGCUUGAAAUGAGAAUGAUUGUAGUACGAUCAGGAUGAUUUUUGGAUUGGACUUUUGAGUUUGGAUGUUUGUAAGAAACCACUGAGUGCUGCUUUAACCUGAGCUGUAGGACUGGGUAUCUUUCUUAUGCUUCAGUGGGUUUCGUACAUUAAAACAGAUUUCUAUUUUCGAAGUCCCAAUUUUUCUACAAUAGUCAUUUACAAUAUCUUCUAAUAGAACGUGUGAAGAUGUCAUAUAAUGUAUCUUAACAAUGAAGGCUUUUGAUUGUGGAGAUCUUGUUCGUGUUGGUUAUCUCUAAUUGCUGCAAUCUUGCUAUUUUUAGGCAAGAAAGCCUUACAUUUACAGUAAUUCAUCUCGUAAACCUAGUUAGUCAGGUAAAAAGUUAGAAACAAUUUUUCCUUAAAGAAAAGAAAUAAUGGGGAUAUCAAAGGUUGUCGGAUGUGCGGCAACAGUUCUCUUCUCAGCAGCUAUCUACCUCAAGAAAUCUGGAUUUACUUACAUGCCAAUACCUCUCUUAGUUGGUGCUUUGGUUGGGUAUUCGGUCUCCAUUGCAUCUCAUCCAUCCAUAAAUUUGCCAUCGCUCUUGGGAAAGAGAUCUGAUGGAAGUUUCCCUCUCUGGGCAAAGUUUAUUUUCGGCCCAUAUCUAGUGUCUGUUAGGUUAUAUGCUGUGCUCAAAAGGUUGAAGAGGAGGGAGUCAUUGUACAAUGAAGUUUCUGAAAAUCUGUAUGUUGGGGGUUGGCCUACUUCCCCAAGUCAGAUGCCUCCUGGUGAUCCUGUAGUAAUUGAUUGCACAUGUGAAUUACCGAAGGGCUCUUUUAUUAACAAGGAUGCAUAUUUUUGCAUACCUCUAUGGGAUUCAAGGUCCCCAAGUCCAGCACAGAUUGAAUCUGCGGUUCGUUGGGCAUGCCAAAAGAGAGCUGAAAAGAAGCCAAUUUACAUUCAUUGUGCAAAUGGCCAUGGCAGAAGUGUCUGUGUAAUGUGUGCACUCCUAGUUGAAUUAGGAGUGGCCGAAAGCUGGAAAGAUGCUGAGAAGAUGAUCCGCGAGAAGCGUCCUUUCAUUAGAAUGAAUUCUCAUCAUCGAAAAAACAUGGAAGAAUGGACGAAGCAGAGGAUUCCGUCAAAGACAGGAUAAUUGGUUGUUAGUAUAAUCAUUAUUGUUAAAGUAAAAGAAGCCCUGCCAAUUACGGCAACUUAUACAUCAUUUGCAAUGCAGGUCAUGUAGUCUUUUGCUCAUCUUUCUUUUCAACAAUAAUUUAUUGGUUGACUCUGAUACUGUAAUAAAUCUCUCCUGUUAAUUCUA